AUGAAAUUAAUGAUUCGUAGUCAUUAUUCCUAUUUCCUCUUUCAGCAGGGCUGAAAGCCUGUUCCAUCAGGCACAACAUGGAGAAAGGUGGGAACAUACAAUUGGAGAUCCCUGACUUUAGCAACUCAGUCCUGAGCCACCUCAACCAGCUGCGCAUGCAGGGGCGUCUCUGUGAUAUUGUGGUCAAUGUGCAAGGACAGGCUUUUCGGGCUCAUAAAGUUGUGUUGGCUGCCAGCUCGCCCUAUUUCCGGGACCAUAUGUCCUUGAAUGAGAUGAGCACUGUGUCUAUAUCGGUCAUCAAGAAUCCAACUGUUUUUGAGCAACUCCUUUCAUUUUGUUACACUGGGAGGAUCUGUCUACAAUUGGCAGAUAUCAUCAGCUACCUUACGGCUGCCAGUUUCCUACAGAUGCAGCACAUCAUAGACAAAUGUACACAGAUCCUGGAGGGUAUACAUUUCAAAAUUAAUGUAGCAGAAGUUGAGGCAGAAUUAGGACAGACAAGGACAAAGCAUCAGGAGAGACCCCCGGAAUCUCACAGAGUCACUCCCAAUCUAAACCGCCCCCUCAGCCCACGUCACAAUACACCAAAGGGGAGCCGAAGAGGCCAAGUUAGCACGGUGCUGGACAUCAGAGAGCUAAGUCCCCCCGAAGAAUCAACCAGCCCCCAGAUAAUUGAGCAGAGUUCUGACGUGGAAAGCCGGGAGCCCAUUCUUCGGAUUAACCGAGCAGGACAGUGGUACGUGGAGACGGGGGUAGCCGACCGGGGGGGUCGGGGUGAUGACGAGGUGAGAGUUCUGGGAGGAGUUCGGAUCAAAACUGAGAAUCUGGAAGAGUGGCUUGGGACAGAGAAUCAGCCCUCGGGAGAAGAUGGAAGUAGUGCUGAGGAGGUUGCCGCCAUGGUGAUCGACAACGGCCAUGGGUCUGGAGCACAAGAGAGUUAUGGCUUGGGAUCUUCAGCGCCCAAGGCCACUCGGCCAACCAGCAGUGAAAUGGACAGAUUUAGCCCUUCUGGCAGUGUUGUCACCCUGACUGAGCGACACCGAGCCCGCAGUGAAUCUCCUGGGAGAAUGGAUGAGCCUAAGCAACCCAAUUCCCAGGUUGAAGAGUCAGCAAUGAUUGGAGUAAGUGGCUACGUGGAAUAUCUUCGUGAACAAGAAGUGUCUGAGAGGUGGUUCCGAUACAAUCCCCGUCUCACCUGCAUCUACUGCGCCAAAUCCUUCAACCAGAAAGGUAGCCUGGACCGCCAUAUGCGCCUCCACAUGGGAAUCACACCUUUUGUCUGCCGAAUGUGUGGCAAGAAGUAUACCCGCAAAGAUCAGCUGGAGUAUCAUAUCCGCAAGCACACGGGCAACAAACCCUUCCACUGUCACGUUUGUGGCAAAAGCUUCCCCUUCCAGGCCAUCCUGAACCAGCACUUUCGCAAGAACCACCCGGGCUGCAUGCCCCUCGAGGGACCUCACAGCAUCUCCCCUGAGACAACAGUCACAUCCCGGGGACAGGCUGAGGAAGAGUCACCCCCACAGGAAGAGACAGUUGCCACUGGGGAGACUGCACAGGGUUCUGUAUCCACCACUGGGCCCGAUUGAAAAAUAGCAGAGGAGGGGGAAGGUCCUCUGCCCCCUUCUGGGCCAUAAGCAGCCAGCAUCUGGGCCAAGGGCCAGUUCUUGGAUUCACAAAAUGCCACAUCACUAGACAGGAAGAAGCUCCCAAGAUGUUGCCAAACUAGAGGAUUAACAAAGUACAGGAAAACACUCAAGGCUCUUCCCUUCCCUUCCCCCACUUCACACCUCAGAAAAUAAUUAAGCAAAACAGCUUUCUGAUUCAGGGAUCAACAGCUUUGGUUUGUUAAUUUUUUUAAGAAAAAUUUUUUAAGAAAAUCCAGGAUAAACUGUCAUUUAGUUACCAACCAUGGUUUCAACUCUGUGAAUUGGUCCAGGUGACUAACCUUGGUGGCUGUAAUGUCCCAGCUCCAAUAAGCACAGCAUUCAGACCUCUGUCAUCUGGAUCAGCUGCAGGAGAGGAGGAGGAGGAGGUGGUAAGAACAGGCCCUUGCUCCUCUACCUCCCCUGCCAAUUAAUACUGUUUCCACAGUCAAAGAAAAAAAAUAGUUCUGGUGGUCCUUAUUACUCUCAAGUUUCUUUUCAACAGAAUGUGAUUGGGGGCUUUCUGUUUGCCCCAUCCAGGCAACUGGCUUCUUGCCUGAUUGCUUCAUGUAGGCAACCUCUUGCAGCAGUAUUCUAAUAGGCAAUACAACUGUAAGCACCAUAAGAUAACAAAAGUUAAGCUAGUAACUAUGAGGUUUGCAUUAUUCAAUACUGCAUUGGGGAUUAGGUGUGUGGUGAGGGAGACAGGGAGGAGCGGGAAACUGUGGGUGUCUGCAAAUGUGGACUGGCCCAGGACCACAUUGCAGCUUCUUGACGGGAAGGCCACAUCUCUAAGCAUUUAGACAGUGGCUCUGGCCCAGAUAGAUUAAUGAGCUGAAGGCUGACCACCAAAGUCUUGUUAAGCCUCUUUGGCUCCUGGUCUUAUAUAACAGCAAUAUUGUACAUCAGAAAUGUCACUUCCCAGUGGAAAUGAUUCUGGGUCGUGUUUUUUAAAUCCAUUUAUCUUCAUGUUUGAUAAAUUUUAUAUGAAGUUUUAAAAGAAUUUUUUGUUACAACAACAUUGUGGUUCAGGAAAUAUAAAGCUAUUAUUCCUAUUGCAACCGUAAUUCACCUCCCUCCUACAAAUAUAAUGGCUUAUAUUUCCUGCUCAUUUGAAGAACCUCACUAAUUCCUAUGUCUCCAGUCUGCCAAUUCACAAAAACCUUCAGCACAUUAGUGUUCAUUUGAGAAUAUUACUUUUUAAAUAGUACACAACAGGACACUUAUCACAGAGCAUCAUCAUGAGCACCCAGAAUGAACUCCCAUUUGUUGCAACAAAUGAACAGAGAAUCAGUUUGGAUUAUGUUUGUUCUCUUGGUCAUUUUCACGAUUUAGCAAUAUUCGCUGGGUCUCUGGCACUUUUAGGUAUUAAUGAGGUUCUCUCAAGUUGAAAAUCAUGGAGAGGAGUAACUAGACCUGCAUAUACCCUGCCCUGAAGGGGGAAAGGGAAGAAUGGGGCUUGUGCUUAUGGUAGGAUUUUUUUUGAAUACUAAAGUAUGCAGGUAAGUAGUAGGAAACUGCUUUCAGACACAAGUGCAAAUAGAAAAAUCUCUGUCCUCCCUCAUGUUGAAAUGAUUACUAGCUUUUUGUUGAGUUUUACUUUGAAGUAUUUCAAAUCUGCAGUGGCUUUAGAGAGUGCUUUGGUGCAGAGGUACGUGAAAGUGAAAAAAUAACUUACUGGGUGUUAGUCAUACUAGUGAUGGUGAACUUAUUGUGAGCACACUGGUCAGGUCCUCCUCCCCCUCCAAGAAUAUUUUGUGAUCUAUAGGAAAGUGGGCAAAGAAGAAGGAUAUUUUUCUGAAAACAAAAAGUUGAAGUGCAAGGGUGGCUAUUAAAAAGCAAAUUAAGUUUGUUAUUUAAUUAUUAGUGCCCUACUGUAUUCCUUCUCCCAAAAGAGGUCUUUGAAUUUUUUGGAGGGGCUCAGGAAGAUGCAGUUUCUUUAAGUGGUAUGAUGCUUUUGUGUAAUGAGAGCCUACCUAUAAAAGGGAGAACAUGCUUCAUAGAUUGCUCAGGAGCAGGUUGUUCCUUUUCAGGAGCUACAUUUUGUUUUUAGAACCAUCUCACUGUUGAAUGGGGCAGCAACAUAAUAUGAUGAGACUUGUCUUCAGUGGCUUUCUGAGGACUAUCAGUGUUCCAUGGCCAGGAGUUCAGGUUAGACCAGGACCUUUAGAGAAGUAUUUAAUUAGUUACUGAAAUUAAGAGGUGUUUAGACAAAUUUUGCCAUAUUUGAGUGAGAAGAAAAAGGGGGAGAAGUCCAGAAGAUGCUGCUUUAGAUAUAGCUUUUAAAGUUACCAAAAAGAAGGAAGAAGAAAAUGCAAGUCUAUUCUGCUCAUAAGAGAAAGUAUGCCGGGAAAUUCUUUGUUGCUUUGUUAGUUACUUAGACAUAACAAAGUAUAAUUUUUAUAGCCCUACCAAACUGUAAUGAUGAAGUUAAAUAACUGCUAUAAAAGAAAAAGUUCUCCUAGUCAAGGUCAUAAAUUCCAUCUAGAUAUAGCAACAAAGGACUCCAAUGAAGUCUGGACACCAUUAUUCAUAUACAAGGACCAUGAGUGUGUAGUGAAGAUUAGUCUUUUUUUUCCCUUUAUUUAACUUUUCAUAGGUUUUUUACUUUAUUAAUACUGUGAAUAGGAGAAAAUCCCAAUUAUCCAGGUUCUAUCAGCACAAUUCUCUGUGCUGUUCUUUCCUUUUAAUUGGCCUAUCCAGAAUCGCAACACUCAUAAAAUCCUUGCUUAAUCUAGUUUUAAUAUAAACUAAGGCUUGGGAAAGCAGUUUUUUCACCUUUCCUUAGAAAAUAUUGACUCUAUAACUGCCCAAAAUUCUUAUUCAAGUCUCACUGUGACAUUGCCCUAGUUUAUUGGUAAAAUCUCUAUAAAAGAGAUUAGUAAUAUUCUUUCUACAUUUGCCAAAUGUGACUGGGUGGGUGUGGCGUGUAGGGAUAGAUACUGCCUCUUAACUAUGUCCAAAAAUGAACUUUUUAUGUGACUUAAUUUGAACUGAACAAUCAACAACCAAAUUUUAACUUUCAAAUAUGUCCCCUAGGAAAAUGAAAUUGGGUUAGCGCUAAGGGCUAAAUAUUUACUUAAAGAACAUAUAGCCGAUAAUAAUAUAACUGUUAGUUUGUAUAAAAUGAAGGGCACUAGGUAGGUUCUCAUUUCGUGUUCAGUAAGUGGUACUUAGCAAGGAAGUUGCCUCUGUUCUCAGCAAGAAAACAAAGAUGGCAACUGGCAUCUUUUUAUAUUCUGAAAUGGAACUUUCAUUCUACUGAACUCUUACCCAUCACCUGAAUGAAAGUAUAAAUUUAUUAUCUACAUGUAUAGUUAUAUUAUAAUUGGGCACAGACUAAUGCUUUAUUCUUUCUCUACUCAAAAGAUUCUUUCUAAUGUUUUGUUUUCUCUUUACUCAGAACCAUAUUUACCUCUGACCUCAGUUGAAUUUAUCAUGUCUUGAGUUUCAUUUCGUGUACAUCAUAAACCUUCCAAGACCAACUCAUCAAAGGGCAUGCUGGGGGAUGUCAGAGGAAGAGGAAGAGCAUUCAGAAUCAGGGACCUCUCUGUCAUUGGGUCUCCAGCCCCGGGAGACGGGAGAAGUCCAAAAACGCUCCC